UAUGGAUUUGGCGCAGAUCAUUGCUACUAAAGGAUGUGUAGUAUUCUCAUGACAUGGCAGUGAUUGGCUUUGUAAAGUUGGGCACAAGAACUCAUACUAUCAUCCGACAUGAUAUUGCAUCGUCGCGGCGAGCGUCAGCUGAUGCAGGUGAAGGGUUUAAAUGAAAAUGUUUCCGCUGGUAAUUAUUUGACCAUGCAGCCAUGCUAUGAUUUUUCCUCACCAUCUUUCUUCUCUCAAAUUAUUAUACACCUAUUAAUUCUCGUAUGUCUUCCAACGCUUCUCUCACGCCGUUGAGCAGCGAGUCGACUCCAGCUAGCGUGCUGCAAGCACGGCUGCCGCGUCUUUCGGCAGAAUUCCUGGCAAAACACUACCCCAAGCAGGCAUCGGUGGUGCAUGUCGGGGUGGUGCACCGACACGGUGAGCGCACACCAGGAUGCCACCGACUUCCAAACAUCUCACCGGAAAACUGGAACCUCUGCAGCCGCGGCGCUUCCUUACACGCGGCCUUUGCGCAAGCCGCGGGUUUGCCAGCGACACUGCCAAGCCAUGCUCACGUGUUUCCCCAGGGGCAGCGCAACCUCGGCGCUAUUUUUGGGGCUUCGACGCUAGAGACGCCAGAAAGCAAGUCGCAGAAUGCAAAGGGCCGGUGCGACUGGGGGCAGCUAACAGACGUGGGGCGUGCGAGUAUGACUAAACUGGGCGCGCAUCUGAGGGCACUCUACGUCGAUGCUCUGGGAUUUCUGCCAGAAAACCCUCAAGGCAAGCUAUAUCUGCGCUCGUCAAUGUAUGUACGCGCCAUCGAGUCGCUGCAGCACACGCUGGGCGGACUAUAUCCAGAUCAAGAGCCUGGAAAGCAGUCAUUUCGCAUCAAUAUAAGGCCGGUAUCCCAUGAAACAAUGUUCCCUAGCCUUGGAUAUGCAGCCAUGUCACGUUUGUUUGAAGGUGUCGGUGCGCUGGCUAAUAGAAAGAAUUGUGAGGAGUAUCAGAAGUUGGAUGCCGAGUUGAGGGCUAUUCCAGAGCUCAAGGACUACUUUGCUUCGGAGGUGCAGGUCCAAAAGACUCCCGUUGCCAUUGAAGUUCUGGAUGUUGUUGGCAGCAUGAGAAUUCAUGGCCUGGCUGUGCCGGCAAUAUUUGACGACGCAUUGGUAAAGCGGCUGACAAGCGGGGGGGUUAUUGAGUGGUUUCACUCGUCAUGGAGCAUGCCGGCAUUGGCCCGUAUGCAGAUCGGACCAUUUGUGCGCGAGCUUGUCGACGAGGUGGUUGACGCUGUCGAGAGCGAUCGUGCAGGAAGGCCGGCACAGAGACAGAUGUCAAUUUACUCGGGUCAUGACACUACCAUAGGCCCACUUAUGGCCGUUCUAGGCUCAGAUCCCGCCAAACUGACUGUGCCGGCUGAUUUGUCGUGGCCACAAUUCGCGUCCAGCCUGCGGUUUGAGUUGCUCAAAGACAGCGAGUCGCCCUACCCGACCGUGCGGCCGGCAUGGGAGGACGAGCGCCGGAUAUAUGCGGAUAAAGCAGAGAUGAUUCCCUUUGAUAAACGUGUGCGGCCCACCAAUGUGCCUGACGCACUGUACCAGUGGCCGAAAGAUGGCAGACGCAAUCCGCGGGCGACGCGCGACUACUACGUUCGCGUAUGGUACAAUGACCGGGUGCUGGUCCUGCCCACAUGCAAAGAUCCCGGAGCCCACCACACGCAGAUGGGAUCAGGUGUCUGCACCCUUGACGGCUUCUUUAAGCAGAUUGCCCGCUUUGUGCCAAGCGAGCGUGAGGCCGCCAGCGAGUGCCGCGCUAGUGUCGUCACCAAAAACUGAUCAGGGUCGGCUCGAACUGCUAUUGAUCGAACCGCAAGGCCUUAGUAUUUUUUGGGUGCAAACUGAAAAAAAUGACACGUAAAAAACCCCCCCUCACCGCCAGAAUUUUGAUGAUUUUUAUUUUUGCC